UGAUAUUUGACGUCCACAGAGUGCAGACGCAGACAAUUAAAUAGUCAUGGCGCCAAUGGGAGCCGAGUACAUUGAAAUAGCCCACCAACGGGCUAUCGAGAAAAAGACUCAUGUGACGUUCCCUCAGCUGAAGUACCCGUCGCUAAGGGAUACCGGUUUGAAGGACUCUGUGCAAUGGCUGGAGGGCAAGGCGAUGGAUGACGGCGCUGAAGGCUUGUGGCGUGUACAUAACGGCCUGUACGAUUUAGACGCGUUUAUAGACAAACAUCCUGGAGGCGCGGAUUGGUUGGAGCUUACUAAGGGUACUGAUAUCACAGAAGCAUACGAGUGUCAUCAUUUAAGUAGAUCAGUUGACAAAAUUUUAGCAAAAUACUACGUAAGAGACGCAAAAACACCAAGAAACUCUCCGUUCACUUUCGAAGAUGAUGGUUUUUACCGAUCACUGAAGAAAGCGGUUUCUGAGGAAUUACUGAAGAUUCCAAAAAGUGUUACUAAAACGUCGGACAGGAUUAUAGAUAGCUUAUUUGCAGCAUAUUUACUUUUGGCAGCGUUCUCAUGCUACACGAAGAUAUCUGUACUUGCGAAUCUGUCGUGGAUGCUCGCUUCAUUAAUGCUCGCGUGGACAGUGGUAGCAUCACAUAAUUACAUACACAGGAGGUCUAACUGGAGAAUGCAUCUGUUUUCAAUGUCUUUGUGGUCUUACCGAGACUUCAGAGUGUCACAUGUUCUAUCUCAUCAUCUGUAUCCUAAUACGCUCAUGGAUUUGGAAGUCAGUGCCUUUGAACCUUUAGUGUAUUGGAAUCCAAGAAAAGACAAACCUUUCUUUUCUAGAUACUUUGCAUUUAUAAUCGAACUGUUCUAUUUUCCGUGUGCAUCCAUCGUUCACUUCUUUGUUAGGAAUUUAUCGGCCAUAUUUCGUAAAGACUAUUUCAAGAAGCACUGGCGUGUGACGGACUUGAUCGGUUUUCUGGUGCCGCUAUGGAUGUGGCUGGUCAGCGGAGCCACAUUCUAUCAUGUGAUCACCACUUGGUUGUGUAUUGUGGCCGGCGCCAGCCUGACCUUCUACAAGAUUGGUUCGAAUGCAGCUCACCACCACCCUGAUAUUUGGAAAGAUGGUGAUCAGCCCAGCUACAACACCGAAACUCCAGACUGGGGUGUCCACGAGCUCGAAGCUGUCAUGGACCGCAAGGAUAUCAACAGCAACCACUUUACCAUCAUGACGUUCUUUGGGAACCACUCCCUACACCAUCUCUUCCCCACUUUGGACCACGCCACACUAACGUACCUGAUCCCCAUAUUCGUUGAAUAUGCUAAAAAAUUCAGAGCCAACUUCAGAGAGUCGAAUCAGUUUGAUCUGUUCAUCGGACAAUACAAAUGCGCUUUUAACACGGAGUUCAAAAUACAUGGCAAGAAAGAGGAAUAGACGAUUGUAGAUGUUGAAGCCAUACAUAAACUGUUUAAUAAUCUGAAUAAAAACAUAUACCUAAAAAAACUUUUUUCUAAAUCUUGUGUAACGAACAUGAUAAUUUCAAAGUUACCCGCCGGCGACAAUAGAUCUGGAAUAUUUGUUAGGUAUUAGUAAUUUCUUAUGCUACUAUUCAGACAUUUUAAGUCCUUCUGAUGAACAAAAAACAUUUUCAUUACCCCAACUGGCAAAGGCUCUCUUGGUACUUCAAAAACUAAUGACAAAGUUGCAUUUUAUCCACAAGACUGCAAAGUAAUUUCAUACUUUAAACUUCAUGCCCAAAGUUCGACGUCAAAAAUGAAGAUUUUGAAAAAUAAAUGGAUGAAUUUGAUGUUUCACAGUUGAUAUUUUCCUCGUGUUGGUGUGGUGAAAAAUGUUAUGUUACUCGGUGGCAAAAUUUGUUUAACCUACGUGCCUAGAAACCCUCGUUACGCUCAAGAUACCAUAUCGCUACGCUCGGGGUUCAACAACUUUGCCCCCUUGUAAAACAAAUAACUGUUCUAUUGAUUUAACAUGGUGCAUUCAUAAAUUACCUACCUACUUACUACUUGAUCACACGUCGCACAGAAAUUUGUACCUGAUAUCAAAAAGACGAAUCCGAAUUCCAUGGAUGUGACUCGAAAAACUUGGCAGGCCCAAUUUGUUCCGUAAGUGUUGUUUGAGAGAUGUAAUAUAAAACUAAUUUUAGACAGUGCUUGUUUUUAAAACAUAUUAUUUGUUAUGAUCACAAAAAGAUACAAUUUAUCUUACGUAACAUAAUUAAAUAUUCACUUGUAAACAAUAGUUAUUACUUAUCUGUGAAAAGAUAACAUUUGAACUAUUAUAACGUUAUGACUUCUACCAAUUAACUCAUGAAUCAAUUCAUGUGAUAAGAAAGAAUACAUAAAUACUUUAAUAGUUUGAAGGUGUCUGUGUAACAGGGCCGUGCUGUAAGCUUUAUUGCAAUCUAACCUAACCUAACACUAGUACUUCGAUUUUAUAACUGUUUUGUUUUGUCAAAAGAUCAAAACAAUCAAUAAAAUUAAAAACCAAGGCGUGACUACUCUGUUAGCAAUAAAGUGUCUAUUGUUGUUUGAUAUGCAGGGUUUUUGUAGUUUAAGUGGUGCCCUCUAUUUUGUAACAUACUAAAAUAAUAUGUGAUGUUCACAAUGUUCA